CAUUCACUUCAGGAUCACAAUGACUCGAAUUUGAGGGAGUCCCAUGAGAGACGGAGUGAGCUCCCAACUUUUUUUUUUUUUUUUUUUUGCAAGGACAUUGUCGCUGCUAAUCCUACCUGCAUGACUUUUGUGGCGCCUAAUUGAGCUGCAGAGCCUCAGCUGAUGUCCAGCCACUGGAAGAAAGACGUUCAACCUCAUAAUCUGCAGAUGGAAAUCUGAAUGAAGAAUUUCUCCUUUGUCUUCCUGAACAUUUUUUCCACUCCUGAAAGGAGAGCAACAGUUUAAAGUGUGGAGCCCUGAGUCAGCAGCAUUGGAAGCCGUCUGAGGAAAGUCAUGGUCCCCUCUCUGCACUGGCUGCUCCUGCUCUGGAGACUACAGGCUCUGUGGGCUCAGGACUAUGAAGAGGAAUAUGAAGAUGAGGUGGUAACCACGAGGAGGAAAAACAAACUUUAUACACCAAAUUCCAUACCACAGAAUGGCAAAUCUCUUAUCGACGAGGACUGCGGUGUGGAGCUGGCCUUUCUGGUCGACAGCUCAGAGAGCGCCAAGGACAACCACGGGCAGGAAAAGCGCUUCGUCUCCAACGUGAUGGACCGACUGCAGGGCCUCCGGCUGCAGACCGGCCGCGGACUUAGCUUCCGCGCAGCCCUCCUCCAGUACAGCAGCCAGGUCCUGAUAGAGCAGACCUUCAAAGGGUGGAGGGGCAUCGAGGACUUCAAAGCUAGGGUCGCUCCUAUCGUAUACAUAGGCCACGGCACCUACACGACCUACGCCAUCACCAACCUGACCCGCAUUUACCUGGAGGAGUCCGACAGCAGCAGCAUCAAGGUGGCCAUCCUGCUCUACGACGGCGUCUCGCACCCCAGGAACCCGGACAUAUUUGCCGCCGUGGCCGACGCCAAGAACCAGGGGGUUCGGUUCUUCACCAUAGGGAUCACACCUGAAGCCAACGAGGCCGCCAACAUCGCACAGCUCCGUUUAAUUGCCAGCUCCCCAGCUAGCCGCUACCUUCACAAUCUGCAAGAUGCGGGCAUUGUGGAUAAGGUCAUCAAGGAAAUUACAGCGCUGGCAGAUGAAGGCUGUCCUGUAGUGAAGAGCCCAUGUCAGUGUGAGAAGGGGGAGAGAGGACCCAGCGGCCCGGCGGGCAAGAAAGGACGUCCUGGAGAGGAUGGAAGCCCCGGCUUAAAGGGACAGAAGGGUGAAAGUGGUCUCAGUGGACUUCCAGGUCGGGAAGGAGGCGAGGGUAAACCAGGAUACAAAGGAGAGAAGGGAGAGAGAGGAGAGUGUGGCACACCCGGCGUUAAAGGAGACAGAGGUCCUGAAGGUACUCUUGGUCCAAGAGGAAACCGUGGACUUCAGGGUUUGCCUGGUCCACCAGGGGAUGUGGGACCUGAAGGAAUCACGGGAAGAAAAGGGGAGCGGGGGCUUCCUGGACCACCUGGAAUCCAAGGUGAAACGGGGAUCGGCCUUCCGGGACCAAAGGGGGAUGUUGGUUUCCAGGGGCAACCAGGGCCUCCCGGUCCUCCAGGAAUUGGCGAGUCUGGACCACCGGGACCUCAAGGGCCACAGGGAGUCCAAGGAGAGAGGGGACAGACAGGAGAAGGUCUCCCCGGACCAAAGGGCGAACGAGGCAUAGAGGGGCCACGGGGGCCCAGAGGACAGCCGGGCCCAGGAAUCAAAGGAGACAAGGGGGAUUUUGGCCCUCCAGGGUUUCCAGGGCCCCUUGGCCUCCCAGGUGUAGGCAUCCAAGGAGAAAAGGGAACAGAAGGUCCAAGGGGGCCACCAGGAAUAAGAGGCCCACAGGGAGAGGGUUUUCCUGGACCCAAGGGAGACCAAGGGUUGCCAGGUGAAGUUGGGGCUCCAGGAGAAAGAGGAGCUGGUGAUCCCGGUGCGAAGGGGGAGCCAGGAUCACCAGGACUGUCAGGUUUGCCUGGGCUUCCUGGAGAGGACGGCGCUCCAGGACAAAAGGGUGAACCAGGAGCCAUUGGUCUGAGAGGUCCAGAAGGCACGCCAGGGAUUGGCACUCAGGGUGAAAAGGGUGACCAAGGCCAAAGAGGAAUAAGAGGCUUGACGGGUCCGCCUGGCAUUGCCGGACCCUCGGGACCAAAGGGGGAGCCAGGGGCACAAGGGAGGCCAGGAUCUGUUGGUCCACCAGGACGUUUCAUUACUGGACCCAAGGGUGACCCUGGCCCAAGCGGUCCUCCUGGUCCGAUUGGGGAAACUGGCUAUGGACUUCCUGGCCCAAAGGGGGAUCGAGGGGAUCGAGGCCCCGCUGGUCCGUUUGGUCCCAAAGGAGACGGCUAUCCCGGCCCCACGGGUCCUCCUGGUAUGCCGGGGCUUCCUGGAGAACCUGGGUCCGAGGGUGUGGGCAUCCCGGGACCAAAGGGGGAUGUUGGAUUUCGAGGGUUGCCUGGUCUACCUGGCCCACCAGGAGAAGGCAUCCAAGGACCUCCGGGAAACCCCGGGCGACCAGGUCCACAGGGACCUACGGGGCCACAGGGACAAGGAGUUCAAGGCCCCAAGGGUGAACAAGGGGCCCAAGGUGUGACGGGGCCCAGAGGUUUACCGGGAGAGGGCUUUCAAGGAGCCAAAGGCGACCGUGGCUUGUCAGGAGAGAGGGGGCUGAAAGGAUUCAAGGGGGAAUUGGGCGAUCCGGGAACGCCGGGACAACCUGGUCUGCCCGGUGUAAAAGGCGAAGCAGGCCUCACUAGAGAGGACAUCAUUCGAAUGAUCAAAGAGAUCUGUGGAUGCGGGAUCAAGUGCAAGGAGAGGCCCAUGGAGCUGGUGUUCGUCAUUGACAGCUCGGAGAGCGUGGGGCCGGAUAACUUCGAGAUCAUCAAGGGUUUCGUGACCACUCUGGUGGACCGGGUCACGGUGGGCCGCAACGCCACCAGGAUCGGUCUGAUAUUGUACAGCUUGGAGGUCAAGCUGGUUUUCAACUUGGCUCGCUACAACUCCAAAGAGGACGUCAAGCAGGCCAUCAGGAACAUCCCAUACAUGGGCGAGGGGACCCAUACCGGUACGGCCAUCCGUAAGGCCACACAGGAGGCCUUCUACAGCUCACGCCUGGGCGUCAGCAAGGUGGCCAUUGUGAUUACGGACGGGCAGACGGACAAACGGGAGCCGGUCAAGCUGGACAUAGCCGUGAGAGAGGCCCACGCCGCCAACAUUGAGAUGUUCGCCCUGGGGAUCGUGAACUCGUCGGACCCGACGCAGGCCGACUUCCUGAGAGAGCUCAACCUGAUCGCCUCCGACCCGGACAGUGAGCACAUGUUCCUGAUUGACGACUUCAACACUUUGCCAGCUCUGGAGUCCAAGCUAGUCAGUCAGUUCUGCGAGGAUGAAAACGGAGCCUUGAUAUACAACAGAAUAACCAACGGCUACAACGGCUACAACGGCCAAGGCAACAACGGCUACAACGGCAACAGAGGCGGCACCGGGAGCUACGCCACCGGUGGUUACGGGUUCAGGCCCAUAACGCAGCCGGACAUACUCAACGGCCGACAGACUGGCACUAACUCUGGUGCCGGCACUCACAGCCAGGGCGGUCGGACAGAAAAAACCCAGCCUGGCAGCAAAGGAUCCAGCUCCGUCCACGGUGCAGGAGGGCAGCGUGUGACAGUAAUAACCAACACAGGAAGCGACCGUGGGGACACAUUUAACCGCGGCACCUCCGACUACAGAACUCCGCCCCCCGCCAGAGGGAGCUCGUCCGGGAGUGGAGGCUCUUCCUCAUCUUCAUCCUCUACAAACAUAAGCACAUCGUCGUCAGGCGUUUCUGUACAAUAUGUGCCUCCACCAAGACCAGCCCUUCCUAAAGAGACCGUGCCCUUGGACCCUCGCUGCGGGCUGGUUCUGGACCAGGGAACAUGUCGAGAAUAUAACAUCCGCUGGUACUACGACAAGCAGGCCAACGCUUGCGCUCAGUUCUGGUAUGGAGGCUGCGGCGGCAACAGGAACCGCUUCGACACAGAGGAGGAGUGCAAAAGGACAUGUGUGGUUUCCAGAGUCAUAGGAGGCUGAGCGAAGGCAUCCGUCCACGACCUGCAGCGGGAACUUCAGGGAGGAGCCGCAAGAUGCAGCCAUUUUCCACCAGAUUCCAGAAAGUUGGGUCACAAUUUCUCAGGCAACUUCAUGCACAUUUCAGUUUGUGGCAUUUCACAACUUAUCGCAAAAUUUAUUCUGUAAAAAAAAAAAAAAAAACCCAGACGUGUUUCGGUUACCUUGGAGAUCCGCGAUCUUUUCCUCUCAGGUAUUACAGAUGGGCACUCCUGUCUGCUCAGCUUUUCUUCACCUACAGUUCAGUAUAUUUUGUUUCCCUCCCACUUAAUGAUUGCUGUGAAGAUAGUGGAAGGACGGACUGUUUGCACAGCGCGGACAGUCACAGCUCUGCAACUUAACAAACAGCACCGGUGAAUCAGAGUGGUUUAAACCCAAGCUGCAGCCAUUACAACUUUUAUUUGGCUUCUAACGUUCAGACCCAGUAACAUAGUAGAGAUUAGGUUUUUUUUUUUUAUGUUUUCCGUCUUCCCUCUUUUUUUUUAGAUUUUUGCUUCCAAGCUGUCGAAACCUUUAUGGGAUCUUUUGAGUGAUGUCGAUGAACAUUUGGUCUGACUUUUUCACUUUUUCUCUGGAUCUGGAGCGUUUUCACUCCAGCACCUGUCCAUUUUCAGAGGAGAUGGUUUUCUUUUCCUCUGAUUGAUGUAUCAUUCAGAUCUAUAAAAAGAAGACACCUGCAGAUCCACAUCUUAUUCAUGAAUAUUGUAUUAAUAUUAGACUUUUAUUACUUAUUGAGACAUUUUUUUUUCAGGGUGGAGUGAUUACAAAACACACAAAACAAAAAUCAAAUGUGCAAAUUUGAACAGAUUUUGGAUUUGCUCUGAUUCAGCCACAACUGAAAUUAUACAUGCUGGUUCAGAUUAUGAACAUACAAUCCACAGUAAUAUUUGUGUUAUAAUCCUUGGCAUAGUUGAGGCUGCAGAAUGAAUUAUUAGGUGAUUUAACAAAGUAUUAAGGCACAACCAGGCUUUUGGAGCUCAUUUACUUUUCCUCCCUUUCAGAAAGUUGGACUAUGCGUAGCCUCACGCUCUCUACAUCAUAAAAAAACUGUUUUUGAAAAGUUGUGCGGCGUUGUAAACGAUUUGUCCUUCGGGAUCUUUGCGCCGUCGAAGCACCCGGACGGAUCAAACGUGCAUCAGAACUGGCUGUGGAAUAGAUUAAGCAGGUUAAUAUUGAGCUUCUGGGAUGGCUCUCACCUCAACACUAUUGAACAGAGUCUAUAAUCCAGGCUGGUGCAACGAAAUACACCGCUUUACAUUUUGUAAACAAGAGGUGAAGAAUCCGGCCAGAAUUACACCAGAUGCUGGUCCACUUGCAAAAGGUCUGUUUGUCUGUUUAUUCAUGUUUAAAAUAAAUCAUUAAAGUUGUGUGUUGUAUAACCAUUCCAUCCUGAAGAAACACCAGCGAGAAAGCACCUUUAAUCCUCAAAAUUAUUGACUUUCUUACCAAGGAUGGGCGUUUGCACCCUUCACCCCAAAACUCUAAUCAACAGAUAAACUAGAUGCUUUGAUUUAGGGUUAAAGUCGACUGCGAUCACACCUCUGCUUUGGCAAGGGAAUGUCACGAAAGCCAAUUUGCGAGCGGGUGUGCAGUGGGGGCCAGUAAAUGUAAUGCAAGGCCUGAUAUUUAACACCGCUCCCUUUACUUGGUUGGUGUGGCCAGCCCGAGCGGUUGACUUGUGGAAGGUCUGUUGUCUUAUGGUAUUUGCAAGGAACUAAUUGAGACGGCGUGCUACUGGAAGCCAUUAGCAAAAUUACCAUUGUGUACUAGUUUUUAAACAAAAUAAAUACAAAAAUGUCACAGACUUUGUUAAAGGGUGAAUCUGUUACAGAUCUAUUGUUAUUCCUGAAAUCCACGACGUUAAGGUGCUGCAGUAUUUCGGUUUUUGUCCUCCUAUUUAGUGCGAUUAAUAUUUUACAUACAUCUAAUUCAUAGCUUGCUAAAUUAUACCAAGAUUAGAGCUAUAAAAAUUGAAAAGAAAAGUCUGAAAGGUAACAAAAAAAAGAGACCUUAAGUGAAAAAGCAAGAAAUAAGAACGUGAGAGAUGGUUGAACGCCGUUUUGCACUACUGUGCACACAUUAUGAAUAAGUUUCUCUUUGUGAAAUAAAUAUGUACAUGUGUUUGUUUUCAUCAAUAUAAAAUGUGAUUUUUUUUUCUAUCAGUUUUUUUUAUUUGUCUUCAUGUUCGCUUGGGAGAAAACUUUUCAAACUGACGCACAUAUCGCCCUCUACUGGGCAACAUAGGCUCCUGUCUCUGAAUGCGGCGCUUCAGAUUUCAGUGGGAGGCUGUUGGUUAUUGUGUUACCCAGAUGUACUGACUGCAGGAAUGCAUACUUACUGUAAUGUGUAAUACUUUGUUAAAAGUGUCAACCAUUUAAAUAAAUCUGAUCUUAAUUAAACUAUG